AUGGAGAUGUUAUGCCUCGAUUACCUUUCACUCGAACCAUCAAAAGGAGGAAUUGGAAACAUUCUUGUCAUAACGGACCACUUUACACGAUACGCGCAAGCCAUCCCAACAAGGAAUCAAACAGCCAAAACAACUGCUGAAGCAAUAUUCAACAACUUUAUUGUACAUUAUGGCAUACCACAGAAGGUCCAUACAGAUCAGGGAACCAACUUUGAGAGCGAUAUGAUGAAGGAGCUAUGUUCCAUUCUGGGAAUGGAAAGAUCACGGACAACACCCUAUCAUCCCAUGGGAAAUGGAACGACAGAAAGGUUCAACCGGACAUGGUUAAACAUGCUACGGACACUAGAGGAGAGCGAAAAGUGUGAUUGGGCUCGUCACAUUUCUUCCCUAGUACAUGCGUAUAACUGCACUCGCCACGAUUCUACUGGACUUUCACCAUUCCAACUCAUGUUCGGUAGAGAACCCCGAUUACCAGUAGACAUUGCCUAUGGCGUGGACAGAAAUAACGAUUCAACAACAUCGCUUUCGGAUUAUGUGGACAACCUCAAGACAAGGUUAGAGGAGUCUUACAAGCUAGCCUCAUCAUUUGCAUACAAGGCGAAAGACAGACAGAAAGCACAGUACGACAAGAAAAAAAGAGGAGCUACUAUACAGGUGAACGACAGAGUCCUUGUGAAGAUCCUAGCGUUUGACGGAAAACAUAAACUUUCGGAUAUCUGGGAGGAGGAAGUGUACAAGGUUCAUUACCUGAACAACCAGAGGUUCCAGGGGAUCGGCCCAUACCGGCGAAACGCAAAACGAAGACUGUUGCCAGAUAGUGCUCCAGAGGAAGUUGAGACGCAAGACGAGAACAACGAUGAUGAUGAUGAUGACUACUUUGCUUGCCACUAUAAGGAUAUCAAGGAUAUUGAUUCCCGGAUCUCAGGAGGACCAGUACCUACUGAUGAAACCCAGGAAGUGAUCCCACCUCAGAACCCGGAUGACGAUCAUGGUGUUGCUGAGGCGGUUGAUGUUGUACGUCCAUCUGGUGACGACCAGCUCUCCGGAGAGGAUGGAUCUUUAGGAGGGGGAGGACGAAAGGAUGUGCAGGCUGAUAGAGGUCUUCGACGAAGCACCAGACAACGAGCAACGCCUGCUUGGAAGAGAUCUGGUGACUACGUAUUUAGGCAACAGGCAUCAUCAUCACAACAGGACACAACUUUGAGCUCUCGGAUGGCAUUGUUAGAGACGCUGGCACAGCAGAGUGUUUUAAGUAGAGUGUCACCGGAUGUUGCUCAAGUUCUUGUCAACAGUAUAUUAGGACUUGUGUAA